GGCUCCGAGGGACGCAUCCCUGGGUGGAGACAAACACUGCGGGCGUCGCCAGGCCCGGACCCCGCCUCCGCGCCGCCCCCCUCCGCGCGCUCCACCUGCGCUUCGCGGUUGCGGCCGCAUUGAGGCCGCUGCAGGCGCUGCAGCCGCAGAAGGGAAAGUCCAGCGGGGUACGGCACCGGGGCGCGUGCCCAGGCCCUACGUCAACCUGCGGCCACGGCUGACUUAUUUUGGACCCGGCUGGUUACAUUAGUCACGCCGAGGGCGCUCCUCAAACCCGCGGCGCCCUGAGCACCUUCGCAAACAGGCAAACCUGCGAGGCCGCGAGACACGGCCUCCGGCGGGGGCACCCCGCCCCAGCUGCCCCGGGACCCAGCGCGGCCCCGGAGGGACCAGUGGCUGCGCCCCCGCGGAGAGCAGGGCCUCGUGGUGGAACAGCUGUUUGACGCAUUUAGAAGAAAGAAUGACACCCCUACAGAGGAACAUGAUGUGAAUGGAAGAGACCUGUCAUUAUGCAAACAGUACAGCACUCUGAACAGACUCUAAAAACAGCUCUCAUCUCAAAGAACCCAACGCUUGUGUCACGGUAUGAGCAGUUAGAUGCUGGCGAACGGCGUUUGCUGAACAAAGCCUUCAAGCCAGACAAUGAUCUGUUUGGACCCAUUACCUUGCAUUCGGAAUCAGACUGGAUCACCUCCCAUCCCGAGCCUCCCCAGGACUUCGAACAGUUUUUCAGCGAUCCUUCUAGAAAGGCACCGUCUCCAGAGAAACGCAGUAUUUAUAUACAGUGCAUUGGAUCUCUAGGAAACACCAGAAUUAUCAGUGAAGAAUAUAUUAAGUGGCUCAAGGGCUACUGUGAAGCAUUUUUCUAUGGCUUGACAGUGAAACUCCUAGAACCGGUUCCUGUCUCUGUAACGAGGUGUUCCUUUAGAAUCAAUGAUAACACACAAAACCUACAAAUUCAUGCAGGGCACAUCCUGAGGUUCUUAAAAAGGAAGAAACCUAGAGAUGCCUUCUGUAUUGUGGGAAUAACAAUGAUUGAUCUUUACCCACGAGACUCCUGGAAUUUUGUCUUUGGACAGGCCUCUUUGACAGAUGGUGUGGGGAUAUUCAGCUUUGCCAGGUAUGGUAGUGAUUUUUGCAGUUCACGCUAUGAAGGCAAAGUGAACAAGCUGCAGAAAGUAUCUUCAAGCGACUAUUCCGUUUUUGAUAACUAUUAUAUUCCUGAAGUGACCAGUGUUUUGCUGCUUCGUUCCUGUAAGACUUUAACCCAUGAGAUUGGACACAUAUUCGGACUUCGACACUGCCAGUGGCUUGCAUGCCUCAUGCAAGGCUCCAACCACUUGGAAGAGGCUGACCGGCGCCCCCUCAACCUUUGCCCUAUCUGUUUACGCAAGCUGCGGUGCGCUGUGGGCUUCAACAUAAGAGAGAGAUACCAAGCGCUGGUGAAGUGGAUUGAGGAUGAGUCUGCUGACACCCCUGGAGUCGGCACGGAACACAGUCGGGAAGAUAAUGUGAAUUUACCAAAACCCGUGGAAGCCUUUAAGGAGUGGAAAGAGUGGAUAAUAAAAUGCCUUGCUGUUGUCCAAAAAUGAGGACCUUCACAUAGGAGUAAUUACAAUAAACACCUUGCGCAUUAUGCUUUCACUCGGAUGCAGUACUUCAUUAGAACAGACUGUUUACUGAUUCUGCCCUGUGUCAAGUAACAGAAUGGAACCUUCUUUAAAGCACCUGAACUUUGAAAUGAGGCUUAUCUGGAAUGCUAAAAACUAUAAACCCUCUCUCUUCUGUCUUAGUACCCUGGUCCGUGGUAGCGAGCACAUCAUUUCCAUUCUUGAAAUAUGUUUAUGUCUCACAAGAGAGCUAGGACUAGCAGAUAAGUAAAUAACAAAAAUCGCUGUAUGUGU